GUCGGGCAGGGGGGCGGCGACGGCGCCUUCCUGGGGCUGCGGUCGGCCGCCCGCCCGCUGGAACGCGGAGGUGCCGGGGGUCCCGUUGCCCCGCCGGUGCGGUGUCGGUUCGGGCUCGCUGCCCUGCCCGGGUACCGCCGGGGUGGCGGUGCAGCGCCAGCAGUGGUGUGUGUGGCGGCGCCUAGCGCGGCCCGGGCCCUCCGCUCCCGGGGGCGGUGGGGAAGGCGGCGGCCUGGGGCAGCGUGCCCGGCUCCUCGGCUCGGUCUCCUCUUUGCGGGCCGGGGCUCCGCGCUUCUGCCCUCCGCCUGCGGUCGGUUGGCGGUGUGUCCUGUUUGCCGCGGGCUGCCGGCGUGAGGCGUUAAGGGGAAGGGGGCGGGAGGGGAGCGGUGUCCGUCCCGGAGGAGCAGCCGCACGCCUCGGAGAAGUUACUUGUUCCUGCGGGUGCUCGAGAGCCAGGGCCACUUCUUGUUGGGCAAACCGCCGUUUUAUCCAGUGGCUGCCCCGCGGACAUAACUAAAUCGAGGACCCUGGCCCACAAUGUUUUUUUCUUUUUUUUCCCCAUGACUUUUAAUUUGGGUUUUAAAGGGAUUAAAUCUGAUGCAAUCGGGGGUCUAAGAAUAGCACCGGCCACGUUUCCUAGCAUGUGCAAAGUGCUCUGAAGGGCUUUUGCAUGUGUUCUGCACACGGCCGGUUGUGGAGAUGCUACUUCGCAGUGGGGCACCCGGUGUUGCCCGCGGUUGCAUGCGGUGAGGUUCGCUUUUCCAUGGAGCCCCUCGAUGCUGGGGAGAGGAGCGGCAGCCGAGUCUGAUCGGGGAGAGGCUGGGCAGUCAUAGCUCGGAUUUAAAUUGGUCUUGAAGCAUAGGGUGAAGGUUUCCUUUCACGGUGCAUGGACGGAAAGCCAAUGCGCAGGUGUACCAGUACUCGACCAGGAGAGACCGGAAUGGACGUGACUAGCCGUUGCACACUCGGAGAUCCAAACAAACUGCCAGAAGGGGUGCCGCAGCCUGCUCGCAUGCCCUACAUCUCUGACAAGCACCCUCGACAAACUUUGGAAGUCAUCAAUCUUCUCCGGAAGCACCGGGAGUUGUGCGAUGUAGUGCUAGUAGUCGGUGCGAAGAAGAUCUAUGCCCACAGGGUGAUUCUGUCCGCCUGCAGCCCUUACUUCCGAGCCAUGUUCACUGGGGAGCUGGCAGAGAGUCGGCAGACAGAAGUAGUGAUCAGAGACAUUGAUGAAAGGGCCAUGGAACUGCUGAUUGACUUUGCGUACACCUCUCAGAUCACUGUGGAAGAGGGAAACGUCCAAACCUUGUUGCCAGCUGCUUGCCUUCUCCAGUUGGCCGAGAUUCAGGAGGCUUGCUGCGAGUUCCUUAAGAGACAGUUGGACCCUUCCAAUUGCCUGGGCAUCCGAGCUUUUGCUGACACUCACUCAUGCCGUGAACUGCUGAGGAUUGCUGACAAGUUCACACAGCAUAACUUCCAGGAGGUAAUGGAGAGUGAGGAGUUCAUGCUGCUCCCUGCCAAUCAGCUUAUAGACAUUAUAUCCAGCGAUGAGUUAAAUGUUCGCAGUGAAGAGCAGGUGUUCAAUGCGGUGAUGGCCUGGGUGAAAUACAGCAUACAGGAAAGAAGACCCCAGCUGCCACAGGUCCUGCAGCAUGUCCGUCUACCGCUGCUGAGUCCCAAAUUUCUUGUGGGUACAGUGGGCUCUGAUCCACUUAUUAAGAGCGAUGAGGAAUGCCGGGAUCUAGUGGAUGAAGCUAAAAAUUAUCUGCUGUUGCCCCAAGAGCGGCCACUGAUGCAAGGACCAAGAACUAGACCACGCAAACCCAUCCGCUGUGGAGAAGUGCUCUUUGCAGUGGGGGGCUGGUGUAGUGGGGAUGCAAUUUCCAGUGUCGAGCGCUAUGACCCUCAAACCAACGAGUGGCGGAUGGUGGCUUCCAUGAGCAAAAGACGCUGUGGUGUUGGAGUCAGUGUUCUGGAUGACCUCCUCUAUGCUGUGGGAGGCCAUGAUGGUUCCUCUUAUCUUAACAGCGUAGAAAGGUAUGAUCCAAAGACCAAUCAGUGGAGCAGUGAUGUGGCCCCCACCAGCACCUGCAGGACCAGUGUUGGAGUGGCAGUUCUUGGGGGCUACCUCUAUGCUGUGGGUGGCCAGGAUGGUGUCUCUUGUCUCAACAUUGUGGAAAGGUAUGAUCCCAAAGAAAACAAAUGGACUCGAGUGGCUUCCAUGAGCACCAGGCGCCUGGGGGUUGCAGUGGCUGUGCUGGGGGGCUUCCUUUAUGCUGUGGGAGGCUCUGAUGGGACUUCUCCUCUCAAUACGGUGGAACGUUACAAUCCCCAGGAGAACCGCUGGCACACAAUUGCACCCAUGGGGACGAGGAGGAAGCACCUGGGCUGUGCAGUAUACCAAGACAUGAUUUAUGCUGUGGGCGGCAGAGAUGAUACAACAGAGCUCAGUAGUGCUGAGAGAUACAACCCUCGAACCAACCAGUGGUCUCCUGUUGUGGCCAUGACAUCCCGCCGAAGUGGAGUUGGCCUUGCAGUGGUGAAUGGACAGUUAAUGGCAGUAGGGGGUUUUGAUGGCACAACGUACUUGAAGACCAUUGAGGUGUUUGAUCCAGAUGCUAACACAUGGAGGUUGUACGGUGGGAUGAACUAUCGGCGGCUGGGAGGAGGAGUAGGUGUUAUCAAAAUGACACACUGUGAAUCUCAUAUAUGCUCUGGUAUGAACGGUCUAGAUCCAAUGUAACUCUUUGCCGGUGACUCUUUCUAUGGAAUUAUAAAAAUUACUUCUGUGAGAGUGCCCAAUGGGAGACCACGUCAGACUCCAGGGAACCACUGGACAAAAGUAGAAGUGUUGCUUAUGUCCGUAUUUUUUCUAAAUAGUCUACAUUUUUGAAUAAACCAAAUGGUAAAAGAUAUUGUAGCGUAAACAGUGCUGAUGUAGAGACCAUGUGCUAUACUGGGAGUCUGGCAAGGAGGAGGGUUUCCUGCUUUCCCUCCUGCUGUGAGCAGUGGAUGUGGCAGCUGUGGCGGGCGAAAGAGGAAAGUGAUACGGAAAACAUUGCUUUUUGCCUUAUUUACAGAGAGCUUCAAAAAAAGUACUUGACCUGCAAGGUGCCACCUUUGCACAGAAGCUUUUCUGUGCACAGAGUAUAUUUAUUUUUUCAUUUAAUUUGUAUCAUGUAUUUUCUUUGUAUCGCUCACAGCGAUAAUUCCAGCUUUUUAUAUACAUAUAUGUGUAUUUUAUAUAUAUAUAUAUGUAUAUGUGUGUGUGCGAUUUGAAUUUUGACAAGCUGGUGGUUAGGGCAGGGCUAUGUCCUGCCGGCUAUUGUGGUUCCAACCCUUGUGGUAUGUUUUAGGGUCUCUUAGAGUACAGGAGAGCUAUGAGGAUGGGUGCCCUGAAUCUUUUCAGUCUUGCUGGAGGCAAGAAGUAAAACUGGAACUCUCAUCUAUCGACUGAAUCAGUGAAGUGCCCAAAAAGGGUGAGAGUGAAAAGGAUUUCAAAUGAUGCCUUUUUACUGUACAGCGUAUGGUACAAAAGUUCAGCUUUUGUCUCUCCCCUCCCCUGUAUAUGAACCUAGAAACAACUAGUUGUUGCUUACUUAUAAAGCCCUUUUUCUCACAUUGCGUGCUAGCUAUCGGUUCUUGUCUGAAGCUGGGAUGCAGGUAUCAUCUGUUAAUUCUGACUAGCCUAGAUCAGCUCUCACUUCUCAGGUUCUUGCUAGAAUGGCAGACCCGCAGUCGGCUCCUGCUGAAAAAAGCUUAGACCAGCAUCAUCUUCACUGCCCUCCUGCCUGUGUCCUUAGAACUCCUGUUGUGAAAUGCUGACCCUGAUGAGAUGGUAUCCUCCCUUUUAGUGAUUUUUAUGUCCUUUGCCUGUGUGUGUUAAGAGCAGGGAAAGGUAUGAAGCUCACUAAAGAGUUUGGAGGGGAGGGACUAUGAGUAACUGUCAUGUUUCAGUGACUGUGGAGGCACCCAGGUGUGGGGGGAGAGGGGGGAGGAACUCUAUACUCAAAGGUUCUGAUAUGUUUGUACUGUAAUUUCUAUCUAGUGUGAAAGAAUGACCUUUUGCACCUGAUAUAACUUUGGACCUUACUAAGUCUGAUUUUAAAAGAGUAAGAGGACUGUAAAUUCUCAAGAUGAAAAAGGCAGUGCUGACAUCUUACGUUCUUUAACUUCAUAGUUUGAGUCACAUAACUCAGCAUUUUAAUGUGCUUGAAUAUAGUAAAAAUUACACUACAGUAAUAAAUGGGUCAUUAAAACUUUUUUAAAAGCCCCUUUUCCCCUAAAGGUUGGUAUUCUUGUGUUUACAUAUGAAGAUCAUUUGCACCUUUACAAGGAAAACAAGUAUUCUGUAAACAAAUGUUUACAUGUAUCAUUUAUGCUUUUUUCUAGCAUGAGUAACUUGUAUAAAUAGUGCUAUCUUAAUAAAUUUCUUCUAUGCUGUU